AUGAGUGCAUUCGAUGAACUUCCAAAGGUAUACUACUUCCCUCCAUUAUACACCAGACAAGUGAAUUCUCUAAUACGGAGACAACAAAUUGAUACAUGGAUCGAUUUAAUAUUGCAAUACGCAAAAAGCAUGAAUUGUUGGAUGAUGACAUCAGAAGGUAAUUUGAUACAGACUAAGAUUGAUGAACUGACGGGAUCAGAUUCAAAUGCAAUUGAAAAGAAGUCUUUAUUCGUUAAUGAAACGAUUCAAAGAUCUAUUCCUCACACCUUCGUAGAAGAAAUUUGGACCCACAUGGUGGAAAACGGUAAAGCUAUAAGAACAGAACAUGACAUUGAGAGUAAUUCUGUAUACUAUAUUAUGUGGAAAGGCGUUGAUUUAUGGUCAUCUGUGAUUCUACAAUGGUUCGAAACUGCUGUCAAACUAAAUCAAGUGGUGACCCUUUACGAGCUAAGUCAAGGCGAUGAAACUAUUGGAUGGGAUUUCCAUGGAAUGCCUGAACCGUUACUAGCUAAGUGUAUUAAGAGUCUAUGUGACAGACAAAGGGCUACCAUAAUGAAAGAUGAAUAUGGAAAGCCUGUUGGUGUAAAAGUGAUAUAA